AUGCAAUCUGCCGGCAGGCUCCUCGCAGCGGCCGCGCCGCGAAGCCCGCGUUCUCUCCUCCUCCUGCGCGGCCUCUGCUCCGCCUCGCCCGCCGGACAGCCGGAUCCGCGGCCCCACACGGCCCCGGACCCCGACCCCGACCCGCGGCUCGUCGGCGCGCUCUGCCGUGUGCUCAGCGACUUCCGCGGGCCGCGGCACGACCUCCGCGCCGCGCUCGACGGAUUCGGGCCACGCCUCACGCCCGCGGCGGCGGCCGCCGUCCUGCGCCGCUGCCGCAACCUUCCCGUGCCCUCGCUCCGGUUCUUCCUCUUCGCCGCCGCGCUGCCGGGGUUCACCCAUCUUCCGGAGUCGCUCCUCAUCCUCGCCGGCUCGCUCGCGGGGGCGCGGCUCUUCUCGCUUCUGCGCUCCCUGCUCUCCGAUCUCCCGCGACCCGCGCUCUCGCGGGACCUGUUCCCGCUGCUGUUCCGCGCGUACGCCCGCGCCGGCCUCCCCGACGACGCCAUCCGAGCUUUCUCCUCCAUGGAGGGGUUCGGGUUCCUGCCGACGGUCGCUGAUCUGCACUCCCUGCUCUUCACGUUAUCGCAUAAUGGCCUGGCAGAGCACGCCGAGGCAUUCUUUAGGGAGUCGCCACUUCAGUUUGAUGUCUCGGCCAAAACCUAUACCAUCCUGAUCUCUGGGUGGGCUGUUGUUGCGAAGCCAGAGAAGGCUCGGAAACUGUUUGACGAAAUGAUUGAGAGAGGGGUCCAGCCUGAUGUGCCUACCUAUAACGCGUUGAUUGACGCCUUGUGUCGAGGAGGGGAUGUUGCGCUUGCACAGGAGCAGCUAAAAGAUAUGCAACGCAGCCGUGGGCUUGCCCCUGAUGCUGCUACUUAUGGCCCAUUCCUUCAUUCAGCAUGUGCGUCAAAGGAUGCUCGUGCUGCUCUUCGUGUGCUAGAUAGGAUGCGUGCACGCAGCCUUACCCCAAAUGUAUUCACCUAUAAUGCUGUCAUUCGGUUACUGUGCGAGUUGGGAGAGGUUGACGAGGCUUAUAAUAUCCUGAUGGCAGCCUAUGGGGAGAAGCCUGAUGUUUGGAGCUACAACACUCUGCUUAAUACACAUUGUAAGCUGAAAGAGGAAGGGUUGAUAGGGCAAUUGAGGUUUGGGAUGGGAUGGAAAAACGUGGUUUCCACCCCAGGAGCAGCUACUUACGCUGUUAUGAUCCAUGGGCUAUCUUGCAAGAAGGGUAGAGCAGAGGAGGCCUGCAGUUACUUUUUGAGGAUGGUAGAUGAAGGUAUCCCUCCUUACCAGGCUACUUGUCAGGUGCUGGGGGAUAGGUUGCUCAGGCUUGGCUUGCGAGAUGAUCUUGAGAUGCUCACCGAUAGGAUGCGCCGGAGCACGUCCUGCACAAUACAAGAUUUGGCAAGUAUCAUGUGCAGUAAGAGGGCAGAGGAAACUAGAAAUCUGAAAUGUGACCAUGAAUUCUCUGGCCUUGAUCUUGCUGAGAGCCAGUGGAGGGAGAAAUGGAAAAUAGGAGACACCUCGUAG